UCCCUCCCUCGCUCUGCUCGUCUUUCCAGCCCCUGUAAGAGCAGGAUGUCUGGCUGGUGGAAGGACAGAGUUGCUACACGCCAGAUAGUAUUCAACCACGGCUGAAGACCAGGGCGCGGAUUAACUGCUCCACGAGCCGGACGCUGUGUGGCUGUAACCACACCAUGACGGCAUGAUCCUCGCCAGAUAGCGUCGCGUAUAGCGCUGUUGUAGUGUUUUGGGUGUGUGUGUGUGUGUGUGUGUGUGUGUGUGUGUGUGUGUGUGUGUGUGUGUGUGUGUGUGUGUGUGUGUGUGUGUGCGUGUGCGUGUGCGUGUGCGUGUGUGUGUGCCUGUGUGUGUGUGUGUGUUUGCGAGUGUAUGAGUGUGAGUGUGUGUGCGUGUGUGUAUGUGUGUGCUGCCGUCCGUGCUCGUGUCACGAGGUUACUUUUGCACACUUACUUUGAAGUGUUGACUGCAGGUUUUUGUUUUUUUUUCCCUCGGGUAAGGCGGACCUAUCUUGCUCGGUGGAAACGUUUCCCCUCGAGGUAGAUGAUGGACUACGAGCGACCCAACGUGGAGACCAUCAAGUGUGUGGUGGUGGGGGACAACGCCGUGGGGAAGACCCGGCUCAUCUGUGCCCGGGCCUGCAACACCACCCUCACCCAGUACCAGCUGCUGGCCACACACGUCCCCACCGUCUGGGCCAUCGACCAGUACCGCGUCUGCCAGGAGGUCCUGGAGCGAUCCAGAGAUGUGGUGGACGAGGUCAGUGUUUCUCUACGGCUGUGGGACACAUUUGGAGAUCACCACAAAGACAGGCGCUUUGCUUACGGCCGGUCAGAUGUAGUGGUGCUCUGCUUCUCCAUAGCCAACCCUCACUCUCUGCACCACGUGAAGACCAUGUGGUCCAUGGAGAUAAAGCACUUCUGCCCGCGGACCCCCGUCAUCCUGGUGGGCUGCCAGCUGGACCUGCGAUACGCUGACCUAGAGGCUGUGAACCGGGCCAGAAGACCAAUGGCCAGGCCUAUAAAACAGGGAGACAUCUUGCCACCGGAAAGCGGCCGAGAGGUGGCCAAGGAGCUGGGGAUCCCCUACUACGAGACCAGCGUCUUCGACCAGUUUGGCAUCAAGGACAUCUUUGACAACGCCAUACGAGCCGCUCUCAUCUCACGGCGCCACCUGCAGUUCUGGAAGUCUCACCUGCGCAAGGUCCAGAAGCCCCUCCUCCAGGCGCCCUUCCUCCCCCCAAAAGCCCCUCCCCCGCUCAUCAAGAUCCCGGAGGUGGUCCCCAGGAGCCGGUCUCGGGGGGCCCGCCUCCUGCUGGACAGCCCGCUGUGUGCCGACGUCCUGUUUGUCCUGCAAGACCACACUCAGCUCUUUGCCCACAAGAUCUACCUGUCCACGUCCUCGUCCAAGUUCUAUGAUCUCUUUCAGAUGGACUUCUCGGACGAGUCCCAGUGUCUGGUGGUCACAGAGAGACACGGCAGGGACCAUCUCAUGAGGACGCUCAGUUUGGACACGGAGGAGGAGGUGGCCGUGCUGCCCAACCUGUCCCCCUGCUCACUGAGGGCUUCCAAGAGCGACGGCACCUUGCGGAUGAUGAGUUUCAGCGGGAAACACCGGCGCACCAAGCUGUCCCUGGCCUCAUGGAGCAAGGCUUUCUACAGCAUCCACAAGGAGAACAUACCAAACCCUGUCACAGACACCCUGGCCCCCAUGACCGUGGUCAAGAUGGACUAUUCCAUUCAGCUCGGCCCCUUCAGUGCAGUGCUGAGGUUUCUGUACACGGGGGAGCUGGACGAGAAAGAGAGGGACCUGAUGAAGAUAGCCCAGAUCGCGGAGGUCCUGGAGGUGUUUGACCUGAGGAUGAUGGUUGAGAACAUCAUGAACAAAGAGGCCUUCAUGAACCAAGAGAUCACCAAGGCGUUCCAUGUCCGCAAGGCCAACCGCAUCAAGGAGUGCCUGACCAAGAACACAUUCACAGAUGUCACGUUUCGAUUGGAUGACGGCACCAUCAGUGCCCAUAAGCCCUUGCUGAUCGCAAGCUGUGAUUGGAUGGCUGUGUUAUUCGGAGGGUCCUUCAUGGAAAGCUGCAACAAUGAGGUGGUGUUCCCGAACACCAGCCGCGUGUGCAUGCAGUCGGUGCUGGAGUACCUGUACACAGACAGCCUGUCCCCCGGACCAGAGCUGGACCCCAUGGAGCUGACUGCUCUGGCCAACAGACUGUGCCUGCCUCGACUCACGGCACUCACAGGUAGAAUAGGGGCCGUCCCCUGCCGUCAGACGCAUGUCACCGCUAAGAAUGAGUCACCGUCCCUGAUGUACUCGAAACAAAGGAAGUUUCACAAUGCAAGCCAACUUGCAGUCUGGUGUUUACACCACAUAUGCACCCAUUACAACAGCGUGUGCGCAAACUACCGCAAAGAGAUCAAGUCCAAGUCUCAAGAGAACCAGCGGUACUUUGAGCGGCAUCGCUGGCCGCCCGUGUGGUACCUGAAAGAGGAGGAUCACUACCGGCGCGCCAGGAAGGAGCGGGAGAAGGAGGAUCUGGUGGCCAACAAGCACCAGCACCGCCGCCGAUGGUGCUUCUGGAGCACCUCGCCCACUGUGGCCUAACCGCUCGGACCAGGAAGCACCUUUAGGGUCAAAGGGCAAGGGUCAGGGCAGGGGGACAGACACAUAGGUGACACAGGGGUGUCUGCAAUGGUUAUCUGGUUUUUAAGCUCCACGUUCCCUCCAAUUAUUUUCCUUAUGGUUCUCUCCCUGCUGUAACGUGUUCAGGUAUAAAAUCCUCUCCUCAGCGAUCAAAAGACGGUUGCACCAAAACAUUUUCAGUGGACAGAACAGCAAAACAAAACUAAAACUGUGAGACCGAUCCUCUCGCCUUUAGAACUAAACUACAACAGUCCCUCCAGCACGCAUAAUCACUCCCCUCCUGGUUAAAAGCACAACUACUUUGGAGUAAAACCAUCUACAAAAAGGAGUUUAAGAUGUACUAGAUAUUUACUUUGCAAACUAACAGUGGCUUUCUUAAAACGUCACUUUGUUGUUGAUUGUGUAGUAUUCAAUACCUCCUCGUUGGGGGAAUCUCCCAAGCCAAACCCAGGUCGGGCUUAGUCCGAUUUCUGUUGAUAUAUUCAAGCAUCGGAAUUGUACUUAUCGGAGGGUUUCUAUCAUGUGAUCUGCAUUUCCGUAAAAUAAGAUCAAGGUGGCCAUCUUGGCGCUUCUUGACCAGACAUUUUAGAAUAAUGAAGCCUUGAGUUGUUUUAACUGCUGGGGUUAUUCUAGUACUGUACCGGAGCAUAGUGUCUCUACUAGUAGCUGCACACCAAACACCAUCCCUGGUUCUCCUGAUGUUUCGUCCAUGUUUUGGGAUGUGUGAACAGUACCUAUCCGUCUCGCAACCGUACCAUCACACUCAAAGUAACCGAAAGCACCCAAUAGUGCAUCACCACUUGAAAAGUAGAAGUUCCUAGGUCUACCUAAGAAGUAAGUUCCUUUCACAUCACUCUUAAAGCCCUACCGUUGUGUGACCUUUAGGGAAUUAACAGUCUACAUGAACACACAGCAAGCUGCACAUCGUGAAUACUUUACACUGAUGAUACAAUCACCACUGACUCCUAAAUGUGUGGAAACUACGGCAAAAUCCUUCAGGCUAGUGCAUGUUUCGACUGUUAACUGAAUGAAGGCAAGGCAUUCAAAUAGUUUUGGAGCUUAUUUUCCGCUUGCUUACACGUAUAUACUGUGAACACACUCUUUAUCAGCAUUAAAAUAUGCAAGCAGUUCUUUACAAACACUUUUUGUGUAAAUAAUUUGGUCUAUAAAUUCAGAUGUUUUUCUAUUUGCCAACCCCCAAAUAAAGAAUCAGGCCAUAAACAUACGGCUUAGUACACUAGCCUUAAAGGGUGCUCUCGGUAAGAUUUAAGAACUAUUCGCCAUGAACUGUUAACACCAGACUGAUCUGCAGAGAGAAACAGAACGUAAACGGGCGAGAUCAGGCCAGACUCUUGAGGCCAGGCCUGGUGGGCCACGCCUCCAGCGCUGUGUUUAUCAGUAGAAGGGCUUAGCAGCUAUCAGGAUCAGCUGUUCAGGGUUAAACUCAAAACAGGCCCUGCCUACAUAACAACACAACGGACACGAGCAGCCUGUAGACAUGACUGCUGAGAUGCACGCACCACCACGCACACAUACAUAUGCGCACGCACACACACACAUUCCCACAUCUAUGACAUCUUCCACUAUUAAAUACUCUACACAAGAUUUAAAUGGCAUCAAUAAAAAAAAGGCAAAGCUUAAAUAUUCAUUUGCAAUAAGCGUAAAGGAAAUAUUUACUGUGAGUGUGCGCUUUAAAAGCUCAGACUUUACAAAGCUCAUCUUUCCAUCUCUAUAGCUCACCGUAGUACUCACCAUAGUUUCUUAUAAACUUACAAAAUGAGUACUACUAGAUGUAAUGUUUAGCAGUUACAUACUGUAUAUGUAACUGAAACAUACGUGUAUGUAUAUCUUUAACCAGUCGGAGGAUGGAUGUAUGGAUAGAGGGGAAAAGGGACGAAAGGGUAGAUGCAGUAUUCUGGACAGAACUGCUCUUUGACCUCGUACAUGGUCCUUCGACUGGAUAGCUUGGAGGCUAUAUGUGUAUGUGCUGGCUAUAGAUGUGUGGCUAUAUAGUGGGAUUGUAUAUGUUACUCUACGCUAUAAUAAGAACAUUGAAGGAACAGCGAGCCCUGGGUUGGAUCCGCUCGGUGAAGCCAAAUUCAAGUGUAUGUCUUGUAGUUACGGAAUGAUGCGAUUAUGGAAACUGUGAUACAUUGCUAUGCAAUGUGUUGGGUUUUGAUUCGAUGUUAGCACAGUUGCGUUACAUGUUGUAUACUAUAUAUACAAGAGAGUCCAUUAUUUCAAUCAUUCUAGAAAUAAAUUCUAAAAAAGAAUGUUUAUUCAUCAAAUAUUUAUUACACAUUAUAUAUCAUAUAUAUCUAAUGAAUCGUCAUUAUCUAGUCUACAUUUUAAGGCUACUAGCUGACAUCUUUGCGGUUGCAUAUUUGUAGUUCUGUCUAGUGUGUCAACAACCAAUUGACAUUAGAAGUGUUAUUUUACUGGUAUGAAGCAAUUUUUCCUGACAAUAUGGUGGGGCGGGUAAUGACAUGUUGGUUGAUUCUACUUUCCACUCUGUCUUUGGCUUCUAGGAGCUAAUGGAGACUGUAGCUUAACAAACCAACCCGGCGAAGGGGCAGAAAGACAUGAAGGUCCAAUAUUUAGGUCCCCUCUGAAAAUGACAGAUAUGUUAUCGUAUUGUUUUUAGAGGUCUAUUACGAUAUUGUGCGGGUGCAUCAGGUUGAUACAAUCGGUCAAGUGAAGGAGGAUAAAACUGAAUGUCUGAAUGCGUGUCCUUGUAAUAAGUAGCACCAAGUCACCAACCUCAAGGUGUCUUUAGCAGACAUUAAUGUAACUAAUAAUAUGCUUAAGGGUAUAGUUACAUGCUGAAGGAGCCACAGCAUCAGAAUUGAUAUGGCUGCCCUAGGGGACACACGAGACCAGCUGCUGUCUAGCUCCCCCAUCUGCGUCUAAUACACUUGAAAACACCCUCACUGGCUUACAGAUUUGAUACUUGAACCAAACAUCAUGAACAACUGCAGUAUGCACUUCACUUCUGUUCGUUUUUUGUUCCAACCAAGCAAUCAAUAAAUGUAACGUGAAAUGUGUUUUAACCAUAAGCUGUAAUGGUUACGUUCUUGGGGGUCACUCAACCUUCUAUCCGACAAGGUUUUGCAGAUUUUUGCCGAAAGGGCAGAAAUGAAACAAGACUAAUUAGAGUAUGUUGCGAUUAAAAAGUGCAUAUUUGUAGGAUAGAAGUGAAGUCACCCCUGUGAUAUUUGAAUGUGAACGGGGCGCAAGAUUGUAGACACAGAGAAUAUUUUAAUGAUCCUUGGUUCUAGACUCGAUAGCUGUAGAUCAUAUCACCCGUGGUUCUUGGUAUGUACACUCCCAUUGACAUGUGUGCACGGUACACACACGCACAUCAUAUGUAUUCAUACACCGGCAGAUGUAGAACUGCUCCUGCACCCAUACAGACCCACACACUUCUAUCGCUAUUCACAGAGAGACCACAUAGCGUCACACAUCACUGAAUAUGUGUUGACUGAUUUUAUGUAAAUUUAGUUUGAGAAAAAGUUAGCUCAUAUAUCACCAAAUUGCUGGUCUUCAUUGGGUUCCUGAUAUUAUAUAAAUGCCUUUGAUCCCGACAGUCCUUAUCCUUAUCAAUGUUGUUUUAUGUAGGCCUAUUCAUUUAUGUAUGUCUUUUUUUUAUCUACUGUUAAAUAAAUCUUUGAUUUGAACAAA